AUGUCAAGAUCUUCGGCUCAGAUACCAGUCAUCGAUAUCUCGUCCUCUAAUCCACAUGCUGUGACACAGCUUCUCGACGCUGCAGCCAACAAUGGCUUCGUGUUUGUCGAGAACAAUGCAGCCGCGGGAAUGCCUCCUUCCAAAGUCGAGACCAUGUUUGGUUUGAGUAAACAGUUCUUCCAUGGUCCGAUCGAGCACAAGCAAGAAUGUCCAACUCAGAACAAUCGAGGAUGGGUUUCUAUGCAGCAAGAGACGCUCGAUCCGGGUAAUCAGAAGAGAGGUGAUUUCAAAGAAGCCUUCAACCUCGGUGAAUUCAACGGCAACAAGCCAAACCAACCACUCCCCAAACCCUUCUCUACCCAAGUAGACACCGUAGCAGACUUUAGUCACUCUUGCCAUGCUCUCUGCAACAAGAUCCUCCAACUCUUUGCCGAAGCCUUGGAGAUCCCAUCAGACUGGUUCAGCUGUCGUCACGAUCAGUCCGAGGGACCAUCAGGAAGUAUAAUGCGUCUCCUCUACUAUCCUUCUGUCCCAGAUACUUUGGCACCGGAUGAAGACGACAUUCGCGCAGGUGCUCACAGUGAUUACGGCACCCUAACCCUCCUUUUCCAACUCCCAGGUCAACCAGGUCUGGAAAUCAAAACUCCCUCUGGCGAGUGGGAAAGCGUGCCCGUAGACCCUCACGGCACUUUACUCAGUGACCCUUCCAAGCCUUUGCCCAUUUUGGUGAACAUUGGUGAUCUUCUAGCUUAUUGGACAAACGGUCUGUUGAAGAGUACAGUGCAUAGGGUCAUAUUCCCAAAGGACGCAAGACGAGGUGGCGAGGACAGGUAUUCGAUGGCUUAUUUCUGCCAUCCAUUGGACGAGGCUGAACUUGUUCCUGUGCCGAGCAAGCGUGUUGAGCAAUAUGAGGGCGGUGCUGAAGGCGUGAGGAAGGAAGGGCAGACGAUGACGGCAAAAGAUCACUUGCUUGAGCGUCUGGCGGCGACAUAUGGGACAAAAGCUUAG